UCUAUAAACGGGUUUCGGUCUUUAGGGCUGAGCAGGAAGUGGAGCGAAUGUGUACCCCGAACCAGUAAAAGAAGGAGUAAAAUUGCCAACUAAAAAUAAAAAAAUGGCAAUGGUGACAGAGAUGGGGGCGAAUUUGGCAUAUCGGGCAACGGGCGAACCAAAUCACCUACAGGCCCAGCGGUGGUACCAUACGGACAUCACAGCCGAUCACCAGAGCUAUCUGCUGAAGCAGUUGGAUAAUCAGAGGCGUCAGGAGCUGUUCUGUGACUGCAACGUUCUGGUGGAGGGCCAGCUUUUCAAGGCCCACCGCAAUGUCCUUUUCGGCAGCAGCGGCUACUUCCGUAUGCUGCUUUCCCAUGGGGCCGAUGACAGCGCUGAGCCGGUUAGCACCUCCUUCGAGGUCUUUAGCCCCGACACGUUCACCGUCAUCCUGGACUUCAUCUACUCUGGACAGCUGGACCUCUCCAGCCACAAUGUGAUCGAGGUGAUGUCCGCUGCCAGCUACCUGCAGAUGAACAACGUCAUCAGCUACUGCAAGGACUUCAUCAAGUCCUCCCUAGAGAUCAGUGCCAAAGAGGAUGAUGUCCGCUACCUCAGCUUGUCUGAGAACAGCUAUCCUCAGGCGGGUAGGGAGGACAACGCCAUAGACCACCAAGCAGCCACCUCCACCAGCCCUCCCUCUGCCCUCUGGACCCACGACAGCUCCAGGCCCCAGUCCUCCAGGUACCUGGUGAAGGAGUUGGACCUGGAUACUCCAGUCCUGAAGCAGGAUCUCAGCUCCCCUCAGCCCAGCCAGCAGCACAGCCCUGAGGUGGAGGUGCUGCCGGAUGCAGAGGAGCCCCAGUUUGCCCGGCCUCGUGCAGAGCGCAGACGGAAAGGGGCUGGCAAGAGGAAACCCUACUGCAUGCGCUCCUCAACAGAUGAGGCCCUGGCCAUACAAGAGGCCCGGUCACAAAUGGCACAGAAGGCAGACGAACUGUAUGCCACUCUACCUACCAUUGUGGGUGUUGUGGGACUCUUUAACAAAGACCCUAACCCCUCCAUGCGCUUCAAGUGCCCGUUCUGCACUCACACGGUCAAGAGGAAGGCAGACCUGAAGAGGCACCUGCGCUGUCACACGGGCGAGCGGCCAUAUCCCUGCCAGGCCUGCAACAAACGCUUCACCCGCCUGGAGCACCUUCGCAGCCACUUCGAGACGAUCCAUCAGGCCAGGAAGCUGGUGUGCAGGAAGUGUAAGCGUCAGGUGACAGAGCAAAGUGGGCGAGUAGUGUGUGAGGGCUUGCGGCGCUACCGAAUGUGUACUGAGUGCAUCCAGGAGACGGGCUGUGAGGAUCUGCCUAUCGAUGGCCUGGAGGGGGCUAGCGAGGAGCCUGCCCUGUUGCUGGGGGUGGACGGGGAGGAGGAGGAUGGAGACACACAGAGGAGUUGGCUGGUAACCGAUGAUGACGACCUGGCAGAAGAUUCAGGAGCUGACCUUAUCAUCCAGGAAGUGGAAGACAGCGAUGAGGAGCUUCAAUGAAUGUGUGUGUGUGUGUGUGUGUGUGUGUGUGUGUGUGUGUGUGUGUGUGUGUGUGUGUGUGUGUGUGUGUGUGUGCUUGCUUGGGCACUUUUGUGUAUGAGUGUCUGCUAUAUUUCUCAACGUUUAUUGUCAGUGAUUAUAUAUAAAUAAGCAUCCACAUUUUUAAUGACUAUUCAUUGGAGAAAGUUAUGUUGAAUAAUAAUUGUUUAUAUAACUGUAAAUAUUAGAAUUUGUAAUAUAAUAGACUGCUUUUAUUCUGAACAAGACGUUUUCAAGCUUGUAUUUUCAGUUUAAUAUGAAAAGAAAAAGUGUUUGAUAUUCAAUGUACAAUGUUACCAUUUUGUUUGUCAGCUUUUAUCUUUCUUUGCAUCAAGGGACGUCAAAGGGAAGUCAGUGGUGUUUAUAUAUGUUUGCCAAUGCCUUUCAUGUUAAGUCAACUACAGUGGACAGUGUUUGCACGUUUUUGUGUAGAGAAUGUUUUACUCUUUUAAUUGUUUACUAUUAAUUGUUUGUUUUUAUUUACAAAUGAAUUACUACACAUUAUUUUGACCAUGAUUAUUGUUGAUGUAUCAUUCAUGUUUAUUUAUUAUCUUUUAUACUUAUUUUACACACAUAAAAUUUAUAUUUUUAUAAGAA